AUGGAUAACAUGAAAGAAACCGGAAAUCCUUCUUCAUGCUCUGAAUCGAUGCUCCCUUCAACUGAAGAAAGCCCUUCCUCUCCAGCAUUUAUACAACCCAAUCUUCCUGCUGUCACAAAUGUUGGGAAAGGUACAGGGGUGAGGAGUUACUCGCUGUGCAACAGGGUUAGAGUUUACACAGAAUGUCCUGAUUCCCUAAUCGCAUAA